AGACAAAAAGACAAUGUAAAUGUACUCAUAAGAUCCACUUUUAUAAACCAUGCUUCAUAAUUUCCGGGCGGGAAGUAUAUGUCAUUCACUUUAACUGGGAAUUUCCGAUCUAAUGUAUGAUUACGCAUCAAAACAGAUAUGCCUCUAGAAGAAACUUGUUUAUCAAUAUGGUUUUAAGAACAAUUGAAAGCCAUUUUAAUAAAUUUAAUUAAAAGUUGGUUUAGAUUGGUAUUUUUUCGAGAAAGUCUAGAUCUAAUAUAUAACAAUGGCUAAUCCUCUUUAUGCCAAUACAUGUGCAAGUGUUGGGUUUGAUUUAGACAAAAACUCAUAUUCUAGAUCUGACGUUGACAAUUGUGUUUCUUUUAUUUCGGAUUCGACAUUCUGUGAGACUGACUUCGAAAAUUUAGGAAGUGUACAAAGUGAUCGAUAUGGUGAUUACACCCAUUUGUCAAAAGUUGCCAAUAGUACCCAGGAUGCACCUUUCUAUGACAAUGCUGUGGAUUUAAGAAUUACGUCAGUGAUGAAAACGAAACAAAUGAAGAACGAUCAGCACUAUCUAAAUUCACGAUCUCAACACAGUGUACUUUAUGCAAAUGGGGACAUGAUAAAAAAGGAAAGAGAAUCUGUUACCCCACCAAUUCCAAGACGUAAACGUAGAGGUCAGAAAAUAGUGCAAAGAAUAUCGACCAUACCUGCAUCGGUUCGACAUGAAAUUCAAGGGUGGCCUAGAUUGAAAACUGCUGCGGUUACUCUUUUAGGUAUCGUGGUCGGCGCAGGACUUGUGAUAGGCGGUUAUUUUGUAUAUAAUUAUCUUGAUGCAUUUCAGAUGAAUUCAUCAAGGAAUACAACUGAAGACACUUCUUGUAAAAUUGUGGAAAGCCUAAAAGAUUGCAGUAGACCUAAUAUCAUAGAUAUAAAAGAUGAAGAUCAAAGAAAGUCGUUUGCGGCGGAGUGUUCAAAGAUUAGCAAGAAAAUCAUUGAUGACCAAAAGUAUAUUAUUUAUGAAGACGGAGUCUCAUUCGUUGAUGCCAUGGAAUUUUGUCACCGAAUUGUGAAGUUAAAGAUGUUAUUUCGAACCUCGGGUGAAUGUAAAAGCUUCCAAAAUGAAGGUCCCGGAUACUGGAUUGGAGAAUGGUGUCAAGCGGAGCGUACUGGUAACAAUAUAAGUUGCUGGCAACACAUACAUGCCUCAAAUGUGAUUCAAGUUUCGGGCAAGGACAGGUGUGCCUAUAUACAAUCUAACAUUGACAAUAAAAACGAGACAUGCGGCAAAAGUUCUGACUGUUUUAAGAAAAAGAUUCCCGUUUGCAAGUGUUACUAGUAACUUGUUAACCCACACAAAGAAUGAAAAUCAAAUUUGUAUCACUUUUUUCAGAUAAUUAGUUCAGAUAAUCAAGUAACUGGUGACAUAAAAAUCCAGGUUGAGAUGAAUGUUAAACAAGCUUAUCAUCCUGAAUCUUCAUUCGAUAAAGACAUUUGAGCCGCUUCACGACAAAACCAACAUAGUGCGUUUGCAUCCGCGCACUCUGAUCAGGAUCCAUGCUGUUCGCUAUCAGUUUCUCUACUUGUAAUAGAGUUGGUAAGCGAACAGCAUGGAUCCUGAUCAGACUGCGCGGAUGCGCAGGCUGGUCUGGAUCCAUGCUGGUCGCAAACCCAUUAUGUUGGUUUUGUCGUGACGCGGCUCAUUUAAUUGUUGAGCUUUAUGUCGAGCUAGCUUCAAAUCUCGACUCGGCAUUUAAUAUUGACCAAAUUUUGGGCUAAAUGUCGAGCCAGCUUCACAUCUCGGCUCAAAAUUCAAUAUUGAACAAAUAUUGAGCUGAAUAUUGAACCAGCUUCAUAUCUCGCCAAGAAAUUCAACUUUAAUUAAAUGUUGAGGUUAACGUUGAGUCAGCUUUAUUUCACACCUAUAUAUGCAAUAUUUACCAAAUGUUGAGUUUGAAGAAUGUCGUGCCGGCUUCAUAUCUCAGCUCGACAUUCAAUAUUGACUAAAUGUUGAGCUGCAAGCAUAGACGAAAAAUCGUAAAUACGGUGGUAAAUUAUUCAAUUUCAUAUUUGAAGUAUAUAUAUAUUGUAUAUAGAAGCAAAGCUUAUCAAAAUUUCAACACCAACAAUCGAAUUGUAUACAAUAAUCUUGUUUUAUUUGAAAAGAUGAUAAUUAGAAGGAUUAAUAUUAUUAUGUUUUAAUAAAGUUCUUUUUUGCUGAUUAUCGAGUAAGCAUAACAUCUCCGCUUAUCAAUCAAUUAAUUAAGAUCGAAUGUUUAGUCAGCUUAAUCACCGCUUGUCAUUAAGAUCGAAUGUUGAAUGCUACCCUUCUAAGCUGCCUGUCAUUUGCUUUAUGUCAAAUGAUGAAAUGAAUGUUUUCCCAUCUUAGAUUCACAUCUAGUCACUCCCUAUUGAGCGGAUGUUCAGUUUAAACUUGACAUAUAAUCAAACAAAUUCAUGGUUUACAAAUGAUGAACGAUCACAGAGCUUACAUCUAGUGUUAAUUAUAUAUAAAUAUAUCAAACCAUAUAAUAAUAGGUUAAUGACAUGCAUAUGCCGCCAGUAUUGAGCACGGCGUUUCUGCGCUUAGAACUGUGCGUCUGAUUAUACACAAUACCGUUAGUUAUUCGAAUUGUGAUGUCUUUCAACUUAAAUCUACCAAAGAUCCUGAUAGAUUACCUUAAAUGGUCAAAGCAAAUCAAUUUUCGUUGAUAAUGAAUCAUAACCCUACACCAUUGAAUAUUUAAAAAAAAUGAAACAACUUGGGAAAAGAUGCAUCAAUAAAUAUAUAUUUGUUAAAACAUGCACGAAGAAAGUUACCAAUCCCUAGCUGCAAACGUUUUUAUGGUAAACUACCAAUCCCCAACUGCAGACGUUUUAUGGUUAACUGCCAGUUUCCAGCUACACACGUUUUUUAUGGUAAAAUUACCAGUUCCCAAAAUGUUUCUAUGGUAAAUUACCAGUCCCCAGCUACACAAGUUCUAUGGUUAAAUUACCAGUCCCCUGUUUCACAGGUUUUUAUGAUAAAACAGUCCCCAGCCACACACGUUCUGAUAAUUAAUUACCAGUCCCCUGCUUUAAACUUCUUUAAGGCCCAUUUCAAGACACAUGCAAUACACGUAUUUAUAGGAAUUUCCUGACAAUAUACGUAUGCAUGGUACAUGUUGUAAUGCAUAUUCCAGAGAGGUUUGGCAUUUGACUAGUUUUUAUUCAGAGGGAUUAUGACUGGAAUGCAUGCACGAUUUUUCACUAUCAAAAUGUAUUUUAAUAUCUAGAUUAAGCUUGAUGUUACAUGACAAUACAUUACAUGCAAAUUCUUAGGGAUAGUCAGGACCACCCUUCCUUCCAAUCUUCUGAUACACGGAUGCGUAUUUAUAGUUACUAGCCACUUCUAUUUAUCGGAAAAUUACAUUUCCUGAAUACACAUAUAUGUAUAUAUAUAAAUUU